UCGUAUUAUAUUGUGUGGAACGACAUCGUGCUGUAUAGAGUUCAGAAUCCAGAAAUAUUUUCUUCUUUCAUCUUCAUCUUAGCAAACAAGUACUCUCGAAAAGAAAAGAUUUUGAAUUCUUCGAAUCUUCAGACAAUAUUCUGGUAAUUCUGUUCAUAAUUUGGAGGAAAUUGGAUUUAACUUAAUUCAGAGGUGUUUGCAAUUUGUGUUGUUGGGGUGAAGCAAAUUAAGGCCAAUCACCCAAAACUUAAGAUUUCUGGUAUCAAUAUUCAGAUUUCUGGUAGAAUUGAUCUCUCAUUCCACUUUUCAUCUGAUGAACAAAAUAUUAAAAAUGGCUCCCAAUAAUGCGCUACCUGAUCUUGUAAUGAAGAUUCAGGCUUGAUGAUAUCCUCUUUUAAUUUGUAUGUGAUUAUGGAUGUUGAAAAGGCUCAAUCUACAGAACUUAUACAUUGUUUUCCCCAAAUUUUAUGUAAGGAAUUGCACGACUGGACUAUUGACGACCCACACCACCCACCCCUCGCCGGCAUCUCUCGCUAGUGGCCACCCCUCAUUGCUGUCCACUGAGCGAACCCUAAAAUUCAGUUCGUUGUUCGCCUAUUCGCACUUCGCAAGGCCACUGCCGACUGCUACUGCUGCUGCCGUGAACCGGUGAACGUGAAAUCAAGGCCACCAGGCCCAUCAACGCCGACGGCCCACCACCAAACCAACCCACCACCUUCAAUUCAAUUUGCCUCAACCGAGCAGCCGCCGCCAGCACUGGCCAACCAAUUUAACCGAACAGUCGCAGUAGCCUUAGCGGCUCCUGAAGCCAGCCACGCCCUCCUGAGCAACUACACGAAGCAUCCAUCCUUCACCAUUAUCUUCUUCCUCCUCCACAUUAAGUGAAUAGUAUUAGUAUGGGGAUCAGUAAAACUGAGAUCAAUUUGAGAAGGUUACUUGCCGCUGCACCUCAACAACAAAAUCAUACUAAGUUAAUUCAUUAUGUGGCUACACUUCGCGAAUUGUUGGAACAACUAACUGAAGAGAUCACUCCAGAAGGCUUACCCAGGGUCUCAAAAGCCAAAGUGAAUGAUUACUCUGAGAAGAUUGAAUCUAUUGCAUCUAAAUUAGUGUCAUCUGAGGAAAUUUUUGUAGAGACUUCCCCGGAGGAAAUCCCUCUGAGAGUUGAAGAAGUAAAAGUUAAUCCACUACCAGGACUUAGAAAGAGAUCAGUGCCAUCCUCUUAUGUUGAAGAAAGAUCACAUGAUAACAAUCCUACUGAUCCCUCAUCACUUGUCAAAUUAGACGCUGAUAGUCAUUCACAUAUCGAUAAGCACAGAAAGCUUCAAGAAGACUUGACUGAUGAGAUGGUAGGAAUGGCACGACAACUAAAAGAGAGCAGUCUCUUGAUUAGCCAAUCUAUUCAAAAUGCUGAGAAGAUACUUGAUUCAACCGAGAAGGCGGUGGAGCAUAGCUUGGCAAGCACUAACCACGCAAAUGUUAGGGCGACGAAUGUGUUUUCACGGAGUUCAAAAACGUCGUGCUUUACAUGGCUUCUUAUGUUUGUUAUGCUAAUGGUCUUUAUGAUGGUGAUCUUCAUCAUUCGUAUUACUUGAAUUUCACUGAACCCGUCAUAAGUAAGUUGGUCUGAUACUCUGUAAACUGUAAAGAUGUUAGCUACAACGUGAUCGUGGAAUUGCUUACCGUAGUCUGUACUCUAGUAUGUCCUUCAAUUAUAGAUAUCGUAAUUGUAUCGACAUUAGAACAUCUUCUCACAUACUUCAAAUUUUGUUAUACUAAAACGACUUCUUGAGCUUGUACAUCAAUCUUUUACCUAGUA